UUUACGGUCGUUGCCGGCAAGGAUAGUGGAAACGCGGCCUCUGUUACAAUAUGUUGUUCCGUCGUGUGUAACAGGUGGAUAUCAGUUCGGUUCAUCGGGUUUCGGCGCGCCCGUACAGAAUUGUUACACUUUUAACUAUUAUUAUUUUUCCCGUUCAACGAACUUUCGUGAUUAUUUUCCGUUUCAUUUUUAACCGUCACGGCAGUUAUACGAAUUAUAAUCAGUAUUAUUAAGACCAAUAGAAUAUAUUGAACAAAUCGCAUUUCGAGUAAUUACGAUUUAUUAUUUCAUCGAACACAGUAUUUUAAGUUUUGUGCAGUGUUGUUAUGUUCUUGAAUUGGAUUAUUAACCAUUCCAAAACUGGAGGGUAGCCACACAGAUAAAGGGGUUGUAGGACUGACCAAGCCGGUACCUCCACCAAAGCCGGUGAAAAGUCCACAGAACUACCAGCAAACGCCAACUGGUCCACCACCAUACAGAAUGCCUCCGUACCCGUUGUACAAUGAAUCCACACCGUUGCCCGGGACCAGCAAUCAGAUACACACCCAUUCCAGUAAAUUUCCGAUUGAAAGGGAAGUAAUUCUUAGCAAUGUUGACAAGAAUUUAAAAAUACCUAUUUUAAAUGAGUAUAAAAAAAGACCAAAGAGUGUUGCACCAGACACACCUAAUGUGCAAAUCGCAUGGUCAGAACAAUCAUCAAAUGCCAACAAUGUUCCUCAAAAUAAUUAUCAGUUUAAUUCAUCGAAUCAUUAUGUUAUAACAAAGGAUAAUAUAAAUCAUCAAUACCUUUACAAGGCUGAACCCAUAAAAUCUUUGGAUCCUCCUACGGAAUUAUCUCCAAUAUUUAGAGACGACUCUAACGGAUAUUCACAACGUACUGAUGCGUAUGGAGCUGGGCCAUUACAUUCCACACCUGAAGAUCCAAAUAACUCUAAAAAAUUUUCGUCUCGUAUUAAAGAUAUGAUAACAACUAGAUUUUCAAAGUCUAAAAAUGACCAAGUAACAGAAACAAAUUUAAAUAACGCGGAAAUUCCAAUUCCAACUCCAGUGAAAUUAGAUGAUCCAGCAUUGAGUCCACACAGCCAAUUGAUUCAACAUGGAGUGUAUUUAGCAGUAAAUAAUCAAAUGCAAAAUUUAGCCAUUAGCGUACCCAAUCAAAAUAUAUAUCAAACGCCGGAACAAUGUAGAACAAAUCCUGGGCCUUCCAGAACGUAUGAUCGGCCUCAUACAAUACAAACUAACAGAGUUAUUGAUAUGAGAAAACCAGAUACUCUAAAUCAUAAUGAUGUGCAUAGAACUAAUUAUGAGGUCAGAGUCCAGUCUAAUUAUGGACAAAUGAACCAGAGUCCUUUGUAUGUUAAAAAAAAAAUUCCAGCUCCUACAAAAACACAAGAUUGUUUCAAGACACCUCUGCCAGUUAAAGACCAAGAUACACAAGUGCCUUUUCCGAGAUCAAAAUCAAAUAAUAAUCUUGUUGAAAAUAAUAACCAAAGUAAUGUACAAUAUGCGAGUGAUAGAUACCUAGGCCGAAAAAUUUGUAAACGUGAUGAUUUUAAAUCUCAACCGAGUUCUUUGGAUGAUGUCGAUAAACUGGAUGAGCAGAGAGCUACAAGUGGUCCAAUAAGUGGAGCAAGCUCGGAUGGAAGAUUGGGAAGUGGAGGUCAAUCUGAUUCUGGACGUGGUAGUACUGUUUAUAGUAGCGGUAAAGCUCAAAAUUCUACAACCAGCCCUGAAUCAUCAUCGGAAAUACAGACAAAUCAAGGAAAAAAAGGACAAAGUGAAUGGAUGGAUUAUGUUGAUACUGAAUUAAGACAAAUUCUUGAUCCAUCUAAGGUUAGUGUUCCAUCAACACUCAGUGACAGUGUAUCAUCUGUAACUCCGCCUUUACCUCCAUUGUCUCCUGAUGGAUCAUCCGAUGAGAUGCAAACACCCGUGCACAAACAUAGAAGUGAAUAUUCAGUAAAAUCUAGAGGUCAAGCAUCAAACCAACGUACGCCGUGGUCGAAUCGAGCCCCAAAGGAAAAAUCACACAGACAAGCGGGUAGUAUUAAAAGACAAGAUUUGAAAAGAAUAUUGCAAUCAAGUAGCGUUGGUGAUAUGGACUCAAUGUUUGAUGAAGAAGCUAGUAGUGAUGAUGAAACUGUAAAUAGUGAUGUACGCACAAUAAGGAAACAGUUAGAAGGAUUAGAAACUAUGUAUUCGGAGGUACUCAAAUUACUUGGUGUUCGAAAAUCUAGCGGUGGUCCAAGGUAUCAGCCGUCAGACCCUAGACUUCACCGGCGUCGAAUGUAUGGUAGUAUGUCUUCAAUUCCAUCGUCAGUUAGCAGUAGACCUUAUCGAGAGAGACACCGAAGGUCAACGGAUGAUCGAAAAAAAUCCGUUAAGGACAUUAAAGGUAUUAAUAAACGUUUCCAACGUUUGGAAUCCCAUGUGGUCACCCUUGCGAGAAGUGUCGCACAUCUUUCGUCGGAAAUGAGAACUCAACAUCUCAUGAUUCAAGAGAUGGAAGUAAUUCGAAAUGAACUUUCUGCAUUAAGAACACAGACAAAUAUGUUGUCUAUACGGUCACAUUCAGUUCCUCGAGUUCUUCAAUCUCUUUGUCCGGAACAAACUAACUCAAGUCCGACUAAAGUGAAGAAAUUAACUAAAUUCUUUGGUGACGAGCCACCGCUUUUAAGACUGUUUCUUAAGAAAUUAGGUUAUGAGAAAUACGCGUCAGCAUUUGAAAAAGAAAAAAUCGGUUUAGUGGAAUUACCGUAUAUGAGCGAGGAGAGGAUGCAUAAGCUCGGAAUACCUAUGGGACCGAGAUUGAGAAUAAUGCAAGAAGCUCAAUUAGGUUUCCCUGGGAUGCAUGAGAACACAUUAGCCAUCGUGUGAAUCGUUUGUGGCACAACUGAAUGUUGGCCGAUUAAAAGUAUAAGCCGUUAUGCCAUUAAAUGUUACGUGUAAAUAUAAAACUAUAGAACAAAUGUUUAAAAAUAUAUAUGUAUAUGAAUAUAUUAAAUAUUAUUUAAAUA